AUGAUAAAACAACAGAUAUCCUCAUUUUCCUCAACACCUGGUCCCCGGAACUUUUUCAACAUUGAUUCUAUCAUGGCAGCCGUCACUUCCAUGAAUGAACAGAUCGCAUAUCACAAAACAGAACUGGCACGUCUGAAACGGAUUCGUCUGGAAUAUCAAACAUCCUUAUCUCCUUUUUAUCGGAUCCCUGAAGAAACACUCGAGUGUAUUUUCGAGUAUGCGGUGGAAAAGAACUCGUUUGGAUGGAGACCAGGUCAUUGCAGUUCGGAUACCUACAAGCUGGGACAAGUAUGUCGAAGAUGGCGGAACCUCUCCCAAACAACAUCUCGUCUCUGGACCACUAUCCUCUUGAAGAUCCAUCCAUUUCGCACCUACCCCAUCACAGCCUUUCAACGACUCACAGAUCAUCUUCUACGUUCUCAAGAUUCGCCAUUGUCUGUCGAAAUUGAAAUUGAGUUUAUGGUCAUAGAACAUGACUCUUCUACACGAUUCCUUGAUCUUGUUCUCCAGCAAUCACAUCGAUGGAGGUCAUUCCACUACAUACAGCUAUCCCAAAUAGGAGAUUUCCUAUACCUCGAUUUCAUACUGAAGCGAGAAAUGCGCGCCUUGGAGACCCUCAAGGUUGUGCUUGAUCAAAGUUAUGACCAGGAAGUCCCGCCUGAGCUUACGCCAUGUAUCGUGUCCUCGUCACUCCAAACUGUCCAUCUUUCUUUUAGUGGAACCGCAAUAAUGCCCUUUCUCGGAAUAUUUGGGCACACUCCGCUCCUUACUCGACUUCGGGUUGAAGUCGACAUCAGAGACGCGAUUCCUUUAUUGCGUUCCUGCCAGAACCUCGUGGCCGCACAUCUUGUACUCGCGAACACUGGACGCCCAAUCGAGGUGCAUUCUUCGAUGAUCCCAGACACACACGGAACCUUGCACACACUGACAGUAGAGGCACCAAGCCAAAGCGAUCUUCAUCUGAUAUCAUUCUUCCUGUGCGCAUUUACCUCUCCAUGGCUGACAUCUCUCUCCGUUAUCACGACAAACCUUUCAUAUGAACAGCCGGUAGUCCUUUCAUUGUUAUUCAGCAACUCAUUGAUCAGCUUUCUUCGUCGCUCUGGUGGUCCCAAAACUCUCAAGUCGUUCAAAGUCGUCGAAAUCCCGAUUCCAACGACUCAUCUCAUACAGGUUCUUCACGUACUACCUUCCCUCCGUACACUGGAAAUCCACUCAAUCACCAAUGACGGUUUUCCUCCCCUCCUUACUACCGCUUUCUUCCAUGCGUUGAACUUUUGGCCUACUGCAAGCCACGAGUCUUCGGUAUAUCCACGUAAAACGGUCGCACUACCCAUGCUUCGCGAAGCCAAUUUUAUUGUUGGUAAUGACUGGGAAGAUAAUGCCUUCGAGAACAUGCUUCAGUCGCGGGUAGAUGGUGAACUGAAGUCAGUGUUUCUUAGAAUUCGUGGGAGGGCUACGCAUCUUGAUGUGCGUUGGCUGGAAAGUAUCAAUGCAAAGAGUGAUUUGGCUGUACGUGUGGUUGAAGGUGAGAGUGUCGAAAAAGAGGUGGUUGGGUAUUGGGUUAAGCCAGUAGUUGGCUUGAGGCGGUAUUGUUGGAGGGACCUUAUAUCACUUAGCGAAUGA